AUGUCAAUCGACGAACUUAGAGCAUUUCAGCACUACCGAGAGAAGACAAUGGUGCAAUUGCUGUUCCGAAAAGACGAUGAUUUCUGGGACGGCGCAUUACUUCGAAUGAGUCACGAAGAUCGCUUUCUAGAGUGCUUCGUUAUUGCGCUGAGCAGUCUUGACGAGGCAUAUCGGUUGCGCACUAGCAUCAAUCAGCAUGACCUCGCCUUGCAGAAGUAUACCUUCAGCCUCGACCGGUACCAGAAGGGAAUUGAAGGCCUCCGAGAUCUUAUGAAGGAAGGACAGGAGACCGAGCUCAUCCUAUCUGCUUGUCUCGUUUGUAUCUGUGUGGAGCUCUGGCAUGGCGAUAACAUGAACGCCGUCGCACACGCGAUGAAUGGCUACCAGUUGGCUAUUUCGGCAACUGCCAAAAAGCCGAAGGGUACCGGAGGUGCUCUUCUCACGUUGCUCACAUCUAUGCUGCAUCGCCUCUGCAUAACGCUUGGCAUUGAAGGAUUUGGAACCAGUGCUAUCGAGGCAUCGAAAGACCGGUUCGAAGACCGCAGCUUCGCCUUAUUCAAACCAGAGAACUUUCUUGAUUGUCAGCGACAGUUUCAUAUGCUGCUAGAGCGGUAUGUCGCCAUGACGGCCGGAGAGACGUGCGACACUCCUGGAGCAGUAGCGCUAAGAGCGUGGCUAGAAUGCUGGUACGAAAACAGUGUGCAAGUAUUCGGUGAGCAGCUAAAGACAGACAUGCAUGCUCGCAUGUUAGCUAUGCAAUAUCAUCUGGUAUACGCCAUGGCAGAAGCUGUCUCCGCUCGCGACGAAACCCUCUACGACAAGUAUUGUGACAACUUCGAGCAGUGCGUCAAUUUCCUCGAACCAUACGUACAAGCCAGAUGGACAAGCCGAAGCACAGUCAAGUCAACCAGAACCUUGGAGCCCUCGAUCAUGAUAGUUCUCACCUUCGUCACAUUCAAAUGCAGAGAGCGGCAACUUCGGCGAAAGGCCCUGCGACUACUCUACCGGACCCGGCGUCUGGAAGGUCUAGCCCACAGCGCCAUCAUGGCAGCAUUCAUUGAGCAAGUUGUGGCAUUCGAAGAAGGCAGCGACACUGUCACGGGCUAUGCAGCUGCAGGAUUUCCACAAAACCUAAGGCGGAUUCGGCUGACGCAGUUCAGCUACGAUCCCGGAUGCCUCAGAAUUGGGUCACAGGGCGACACAGAUGACUACUGGCAGCAUGACCCGCCAACGAUCACGUACAACUACGAAGAGGUUUCCAGCCCAGGCGUCCUGCAUGCUGUGACGUUCCGGUUACGCCCACACUUCAGCGUGAGUGGGUUCGGAAUGAAGAGCUGCUUCUGGUACCCCAUGUCCCGUCCCGGCCACCUUCCUACCAUCAUGGACGAGGAGAUCCCCUUCGAGACCCGGGCCCUCGAGGGCCCACAUAUGGGCUACAACCCCUUCGGUGGGGUCUUCAACAAUGAUGUCGAGAACAUGUUAUACUUCCGCUUCUUUUCGCUGAGGCCGACCGGCUUGGUGAUACCGCGGUCUGCGGGGAGUUGGGCGUUUUGGUGA